CGAAGCCUCUAGACCUUCAAAAUUCCAUACUCCCUCUUAAAAGCCCCCCAAUCCUCCAAUCCUUGCUUACUUCAUAACCUUUUUAACUUUCUCUCUCUCUCUGCAAGGACACAAAAACCAAGCAGCACAAGGGGUUGGCACAAAAACAUGGGCACUUUGGUGGGGCAUGUAGCACCUGGAUUUGGUUUCUUUGUCAUUGGGCUAUGGCACCUGCUUAACCAUAUCAAACUCUAUUAUCUCCAACCAAAAUCGUACACCUCUUUGCCAUGGUUUCCCACUUCCAAAAUAAGGUACUUAGAGCUCUUCUUCAUCAUGGGAGGUUGCUCCAUGUCCAUAGCCAUGGAGCUUUUCAUUGGCCCCAAACGACAUCAACCGUUUGACCCCGAUGGCACCAUCCCCUCCAACCAUCUCCACAACUUUGAGCACUCCAACAUAUCAGUAACUUUCUUUGUUUAUGCAGCUUUCUCUCUCCUCCUCGACAAAAUUGGGCCUCCGGCCCAAUACAGCCUUUCCCAAUUGCUUGGAGCCAUUGCAUUCGGCCAACAACUCCUCCUCUUCCACUUCCACUCUGCUGAUCACAUGGGUGUUGAGGGCCGAUACCAUUGGCUUCUUCAAAUUGUCAUCUUUUUAUCUCUCCUCACCACCCUUAUUGGCAUAGGGUACCCUAACAGUUUCUUGGUCAGCUUUGUGAGGUCUCUGAGUAUUCUGUUCCAAGGGUUGUGGCUCAUAGCCAUGGGGUUUAUGCUUUGGACACCAGAAUUAAUACCUAAAGGUUGCUUCAUGAACUUGGAAGAAGGUCACCAAGUUGUUAGAUGUCAUGGCAAUGAAGCGCUCGAGCGUGCCAAAUCACUAGUGAACAUCCAAUUCAGCUGGUACUUAAUCGGAGUAACGAUUUUCGGGGUAUCGCUUUAUUUGAUUUUGCAUCAAAUUUAUGGCAAAAAGAUCGAAUAUGAAUCACUAGCAAAAUAUGAAGAGCAAGAAGAGGGAAAUUAUGAUGUUGAAGCCCAAAAAAACAGCAAACUCGGCGAGUCAAAGAGUUCUGUUCACAUGGGAAAAGUGUUUGCGCCAAUGGACAUAGAAAGGUAAAGAGAGAAAGCAAAAAAGAAGAGCUAGAUAUGAUUAGGGGUGUGUCAAAAUUAGGUAAAUGGGUGUCCACUUUGUUUAAUAAAGCUUACAAUAAUGAAGGCUUAAUAAAAGCAAUGUCCUAUGGGAAGAAAAGUGUGAGGGGAAAGGGUGUCAUAUUGUUUAGUUUGCAUAUAUUGAUGGCUUGUAGAAUUAUAGGGUGAGCUAAUGGUGUUUGUAUGUAAUAGAGGAAAUUAAGUAUAGGGGAAGUUUGUUAAUUGUUUCUUGAAAGUCUACAAUUUGUAAAGGUCUUUGUUAUAUUUGAUUUUAGAAAAAAGCCUAUU